AUGGCCCGUUCUAAAGUCUCAAAAUAUUCUUUUUGGAGACAAUCUUCACCAAGCCAACAAUUCUCAUCGUGUGAACCACUUUUAUUAGGUGACAACAGUAUAGCGUUUGCCCUAGAUAAUGAUCCAGAUUGGAUUAAACAAGAUACUUUAAAAAUAUUUUAUUCCACUGAAGAGUCACCAUUAUAUUUUCAAGGCUUUUGCUACAAAAAUGAACCAGCAUAUUCGGCAUUUAACCGAGGGCCGAGACCUGCCUCUUUACCUGUAUUGCAACAGGACUGGCUAAAAAUAACAGGGCAGGAUCAACAAGGCGAAACAUCAUCGAAAACUUCCACUUUCCAGCAUAGCAUCUUUGUAGAUAUAUACUCCAUAACAGCAAAUCUUCUAAUAACUUUAGCCUUGACUAUUAUCGUUUUUAUUAAACCAAAAAAGAAAAAAAUUUACCAGAAAACUAAUGCCAGUACCAGAAACAUUACCAAUAAAUUAUUACAUGAUGUUCCAAGCUUUCUUCUAUAUUGCAGUAGUUUAUUAGCUUCAAUAAACUUCAUAAGGUGUAUCAUCAUUAUUUUUAUGAAGUUGAAAAAACAAAAUCAGUUAUACGGGUUCAGUGCCAAUUCCUUGUUAUUUGAUUUUAUUUGGAAUGAUACAACUUUUCUCACAAUAGAUUUCAUAGUUGAGGUAUUUUGCACAUUAAUUAAGGUGUACAAUCUUGUGCGAUUAUACAAUAGAGUACAAGAAAAAAGAUUAAUUUUCAUUACGGGUGUCAUUCUAGUUAUUAUCCUAGCCACUCUAUGGGCUAUCACAUGCUACACACCAAUUAUUGAACAAAGAUCUGAUAUCAUCACCCCGUUUGUAUAUUUGAUAAGAAUCAUUAUAUCCACAAGCUAUGCUUGUGUUAUAUGCCUGAACAUUUUCAUUUAUAGACAAAUUUGCUUUAAAACUAAUAAAGAUAUGUAUGUGGUCACUCUUUUGGCAAUAGCAACUGUUUUAUUACAGCCAGGGUUUUUUGUUGCUGAUGUGGCUAACAUAUGGGUGGAUAGUUUAAGCAUGUCAUUUAAUACUACUUGCUAUUUAUGUUCAGGUAUUGUAGUUUGGGAAUGGAUAGAUAGAUUACAAUUUCUAAUAAAAGUUAGGCAGGCACAAAGUUUGUUGGGCAGACCUGUUUAUGAAGAGAACGAAUUAAAAGACAAUUAUCUAACCAAACACAUAUUCAAAGAUCUUAAGAAUAAAAUUAACAACAAGUUUACCCUCGCCACUAUUAAUGACAAUACUUUACACGAAGCUACAAUACACCUAAACGAUUCGCCUAAUCCUAACAGAGCAUCAGCACUUGCAUUUGACACCAAAAUAUGGUUAAAUGAGGUGAUUUUUGACAAAUUCUCCCAUAUUCUACGUCUAUUAGCAUAUUACGCCGAUUCAUAUAUUAUUAAACCAGUGACCGGCAAAAAUAAAGACAAGACAGAAAAUGAAACAUUUAACGACGAAACAAAUUAUAGAAAGCAUAUAGGUUUAGACACAAUUGAUAUUAAUAUCAAUUCCACCACUAAUGAUAGAAAUAUAUAUCUAUAUAGAACAACAGAAAUAGAAUUUGAUGAUGAAGAAUACAUUGAUAAUGAAACUUUUCAGUCCUCAUCUCAGGUAUAA